AUGCAUUUCUCCUUCGUCGUCGUCCUUACUGCUUUAGCAGCAUGCAUGUCUGUUAGUGCAUGCAACACAUUUGAGCAGCUUUGCUCCGUCAACACCGAUUGCUGCCCAGACCUUCGAUGUGUUCCCAGCGAUGAUCAAACGCCAUUACUCACCUCUUGUGAUGCUAAUAGAAUAGUGAUCCCCCGUCCUGUGGUUAGGCUGCCUAUGGGUCAGUCAACGAAACGAAAAGCACAACUGGACAUUACUUCUGGAAUCUGGAUAAAUUUCACUGGUGUAUGGGCAACGGUGUCAGCACCUGUAAAUCAAUAG